AUGGUCAAAGACAUGCUCGCGGACAUGGCCCAGCAGAUGGGCAUCGAGGACUUCGUCGCGUCCGAGGGCUUCAUGUCCGGCUUCAAGCAGCGCACGGGCAACACCUGGGGCGCGCGGAAGGCCAGCGCCGUCGACCCGAAGCGGGCGAAGGCGGCGGACCCGAAGAUCGCCGACGAGAUGUUCCGGCAAGGGGAGGAGUUCUACGAGCGGCUCCGCGAGGCGAACCCCGCCCGUUGGCCUUGGGCGACCCUGCGCGACAUGCACAAGGAGCGCAUCUUUAACUUCGACGAGGCGGGCGACGACGCCAACAAGCGGCGCAGCAAGGUCUACGCCUCGAAGGAUCUCGAGCGCGGCGGGCUCCAUCGCGUGUUUGAGAUCACCCUCGGAGAUCACGAUCCGUUCCACGUGACCGUCGUGGCGACGAUCUGCGCCAACGGCACGCUCUUCCCGCCGCCCAUGAUCAUCCACUCCGCCCCCAACAGCGAGAACCCCGUCCUUACCCUCGCCGACGGCGAGCACAUCUACGAGAAGGACGUCGACGGCACGUACAAGUCGCAGACGGGCAUGAUCGUCAACGUCUCGAAGAACGGCUCGAUGACGAAGGAGCUCUUCCCGCUGUACGUGGAGCACUUCCUGAACCACGUCAAGGACGACGGGCGCGGCUACUUCCUCUUCUUCGACGGCCACGUGUCGCGCUGGGCCCCCGGCUGCCUGAAGACGCUCAUGGACCGGGGCGUCGCCUGCUUCUGCAUCGCGUCGCACUCGUCUAUCUGGGCCCAGCCCUGCGACGGCGGCCAGUUCAAGAAGCAGAAGGGCGUCACGGCGGACAUGACGCGCCGUUGGCGGACCGCGAACCAGCACGUGCCGUUCACGCGGGGCGUGUGGAACAAGAUCUUCCUCCUCGUCUACGCGGAGCUCCAGAAGCAGUUCCGGGAACGCCUGCGCGAUCAGGGCCACAACGAGAUCACGCAGGCCUUCGAGGACUGCGGCCUCUGCCCCUGGAACCGGCACUGCAAGAACUGGACCGCGGCGUCCGCGUCGUUGGGCACCACGGCGGAGCUCGCCCGCGGCGACAUCGACGCCGUCAUGGACACGGACCGCUUCCUGGGCUGCGCGGAGGUCGGCGCCGCGGCGAUGGACCUGCGCUUCCCGGCCGUGUCGAUCCACGAGCUGACCACGGAGGAGAGCGCCGCGCUCGCCGAAAUCACCCGCCCCGAGGAGAGCCCCGCGGAGGCCGCGGAGCGCUUCGUCACGGACCUGUUCCGCCGCCUGUGCGCCUGCGACGUCGACGGCGAGAAGGGGUUCGUGCCCGUGGGCCAGGCCGCCGCCGCGGCCUUCAAAGCCUGCGGCUCCCCGCACGAGCAGGCCGUCGUCAUCGCCGGUGACGAGGCGCGCGAGCGGCAGCUACGUCGAGCGCAAGCCCAGCUCGGAGCAGCGGUCCAAGGAGAGGUGGCGGAGCUGAAGCGCCAGAGCAGCGGCAAGGUCGAGCACGCGAUCCGCCGGGAAAAGGACUGGUUGGUCACGCACGCGGAGACGGGCGUCCAUCGGCCAGUCUCGGACGCGGAGCUCCAGUCCCAGAUCGGCGACCAGUACGACGCCUCCGCCGUGAAAGCGCUCGCAGCAGCGAGGACCUCUCGCGAGACGACCGCUCGAGCGACGGCGGCGAGGCUCGAGGCCACGAAGGAGAAGAAGGAGGCGACACGGCACGCGGAGCGGAUCGCCAAGAUGGUCGUCGCGGCGCGGUUGGAGGUCCAGAAGAAGCAGCUCCUGGUCCGCAAGGGCUGGUCGGAGGAGGACUUGGAGGAGGCCUUCGCGUUGUUCCGGAAGACCGAGACCGUCUCGAUGAUGGGCGCGGUCGCGACGUCGACGUUCAAUUCGGAGGCCAUCUGCGUCAAGCGACUGGUCCUGGAGACCAUGGCGGCGCCGCUCGGCGAGGCGGCCAGGGUCCGCGAGGCGACCGCGCCCAGGCGUCGCAACUACGCGGCGCCGAACACUUCGCGAGGACUCGCCGGCGACAAGGCCCUCGAGGCCCAGGACGCCGACCAACGACGGAGGGACGCCGAGGCGGCCAACACGGCGGCGGCCGCCGCCGAGCGCAAGAAGAAGGCGGACGAGAAGUUCGUGAUCGACUGCGAGGAGAAGAUCCCGGGCAUCGUCGACGCGCUCUCCGGGGAAGGCGCGAAGGAGCCCGGCGACCUCGCGGUCGCGAGCCUGAUCCUCCUCGUGAAGUGGCUCCAGUCGAAGCAGGAGGAGGAGCCCGCGUACAAGGUCAAGUCGACCUACAGGAAGGACGAGAUCGGGCCGCUUUUGGAGGAGUACGACCGCGUCAAUCUCACGAAGACCCGAAUCCGAGAUCUCGUCCGCGCGUUGAAGCGCGACGCGAAGGCGCGCGCGGACGCGAAGGCGCGCGCGGACGCGGAAGAAGAAACUAAGACCUAA